AUGAAGGUCUCCUACCUUUGGGUGUCCCCCGAGGUCAACCCCAUCAACCGAAAAGCCCGAUCUAUACCCUUCUUUAACCCGAUCAAUGUCUACGGCAGAGUGUUUUUCUUCUCCUGGUUCGGUUUCAUGGUGGCUUUCUGGGCCUGGUACACCUUUCCACCACUUUUGACACACACUAUCAAAGCAAACCUGGGACUUACACCAGCCCAAGUCGCGAACUCGAACAUCGUCUCGCUCUGCGCUACUCUUCUGAUUCGAUUUGUCGCCGGCCCCCUUUGCGAUCAGUUUGGUCCUCGAUGGGUCUUUGCUGGCCUCCUUCUGCUCGGAUCUAUCCCCCUCGGCCUCGCGCCCCUUGUACAGUCGGCUAGCGGCUUAUACGUCAGUCGUUUCUUCCUUGGAAUUCUAGGGGGCGCGUUCGUCCCCUGCAUGGUAUGGUCGACUGGCUUCUUCGACAAAAAUGUCGUGGGCACGGCAAACGCCCUGACGGGUGGCUGGGGUAAUGCUGGUGGUGGCAUCACAUACUUCAUCAUGCCGGCUGUCUUUGACUCGUUGAAAGGCCGGGGAUAUACCGACGGUGUCGCAUGGCGGCUUACUUUCAUCGUGCCCUUGAUCAUCGUCAUCGCCACUGCCAUGGGCAUGGUCUUGUUCUGCCCCGACACCCCAACUGGAAAGUGGUCUGAGCGACACCUACACGCCUCUGACAACCUACACUCUCACGGCGUCGAUGCGCCGCCUGCCACGGGAGGUGUUGUCGACGUCCCUGGCAGCGUUGUAGAGAAGGUGCCCACCAAUAGUUACUCCGCCAGCGAAGAGGGCGAAAAGAAGAAGGAGGAGCCCAAGAACGAGUCCAACUGGGACCACGAGGCAGCGCUUUCGAAGGAUGAGAUGCUCGAGACUGCCAAGGGCGAGAUCAUCGCCAAGCCGACAUUCAAGGAGGGCAUGAGGGUCCUGUUCUCCCUGCAGACUGCCUUCCACGUCUCGACCUACUCCUGCUCAUUCGGCGGCGAGCUGGCCAUCAACUCCAUUCUCAGCGCGUACUACGUCAAGAACUUCCCAUCGCUGGGUCAGACUGGCGCUUCCAACUGGGCCGCCAUGUUUGGGUUCCUCAACUUCGUCACGAGGCCGCUCGGAGGCGUAGUCAGCGACAUCGUCUACAGAGCGACCGGCCGCAGUGUUUGGGCAAAGAAGAUCUGGAUCAUGGUCUGCGGCUGCGUUACUGGGCUGUUGCUCAUCAUCAUUGGCAAGGUCGACCCCCACGACCAAUCUACCAUGUUCGGCCUGAUUGCCCUGAUGGCCAUCUUCCUCGAGGCAGGCAACGGUGCCAACUUUUCUCUCAUCCCCCACGUCCACCCGCAUGCCAACGGCUUCGUGUCGGGUACCACCGGCGCUGGCGGCAACCUGGGUGGUGUCGUCUUUGCGAUCAUCUUCCGGUUCAUGGAAAACGGCACAGAUUAUGCCAAGUCAUUCUGGAUCAUUGGUAUCAUGAUGCUCAUCCUUAACUUGAUGUGGUCAUGGGUACCGCCGUUGCCCAAGGGGCAGAUUGGUGGGCACUAG